GUGAGUCAACCGUACGCGGAACCUGUGUGCGGCGCGCGGCGGCGGAGGCGCGAUCGAUAGACACUGCACCCCCGCCCGCCCGCACCUGCCCCGGCCCAGCUCCCGCGACUCCGCCAACCGUCCGCCACACGACAAACAAAUUCCUGAAAAACUCGCGUAAAAAUCGCAAAUAUUCAGUGCUUUCAUCAAAAGUCAAUUUAACCGUUUUUAAGACUCACUAGUUCAAGGUCGUUGUCGGUCAACGACCUCCGCUAAGUUUAGGGCAAACAUCUACCUCAUAUACUAAAGCAAUACGCGGUGCUUAUUAUGUAUUUUGUGUUGCGCCGCGGAAUUUAUUUUUAAUUAUUACGUGUAGAACGCAAGGCCGCCUUAUUUUCCCGUGCACAAAUGGUGGAUCUUUAUCAUUGCAAGCGCGCGCGUGCUCUGAGGUGGUUCGCAACAAAGGAGGUUGCACUAAUUGCUUUACUUUAGCUAGUUUCUUUCCGGAUUAGUGUUACUGCAGUGAUGGCUUCUAAGGUUCUUGUUCCGGCCGCUCCAUUUGCCAAAUUGCAAGUGAAGAAGUCUCCCCCUGAACAAGGUGGGAGUGGAUUCAUCAUUGGUAGUGGGGAUGCAGUCGCAAGGGUCGCCCAUCUGGAGCAUAGCGUGCGGUUCCUGCAGGAACAGCAUCGGCUGAUGCUCAGUGGUCUUCAUGCCGAAAUCGAAGCUUUAAGAGAGAGGAAUAGAGAUCUCCAGUUUCAAUUGAUAUUCAACAAGGAGUCUCCGCCGAAAUCUAGUCCGCCUGCACCUGAAGAAAAACCUGAUAAUACCGAGGAGGUGGGAAAUCUCAAAAAAGAGGUAACUCGCCUCGAACGAGAAGCAGCCGCCGCAAGAGGCGAGGCCAGAGCUGCGGAAGCUAGAGCAUUGCAACUUCAGAGAACUGUCGACGUUCAAGCUGAUAAACUACGAGAAUUAGAAUUGAAAGCGAACUCAGUGUGCCAGAGCAGCGAGCAGCCGAGCUUAGAGGAAGGCGCGGACGAGACGCGGGCUGAGCUGCGCGCACGCCUCACCGAGGCCGAGCGGUUGGUGCGGCGCCUGCGCGGAGACGCCGAGCGCCAGCGCAGAGAGGUACUCGCGGCGACGGCGGAUGGUGUCACCAACCUCUUGUUUGACGGCGCGCACGCAAGACACGCACACCUGCAAUGCAUGAAGAACUCACUCCACGCCAGUCUCCGCGCGUCCGGUCUCGACGGAUAUGGUUACCAGAAUAACUACCACUUCCCGCCGCUCCACCCCACCGAGUUUUGGCGCGAACCGCUGAGAGAGGAGUACAGCGUGGGCGGGGCGCGCGGCGCGGGGGGCGGAGGGGGUGCGGCGCGGGCGCGGCGGCCGCUGACGCUGCCCGAGCUGGCGGGGCCGCAGCUGCCUCGCUCCACCGUCUAUGCUAAUAUUUACGUUUCAGAUCACCCGCGACCGCGCGCCAACGGCUACGACCACAAGAAGAAGCCAGUCGUUGACCCCGCCGCUGCCAACACUCCCGAAGAUCCACAAGAACAUUUCCGACCACAGUAUCCCCGUACGAACGAAAUUUCGACAGUCAAUGUACAAUCGAUUAGAGCCUCAAUUCGGCAAUACCCAGAGUUAAAAAUGGUAGUCACCAAAAUGAUUUCACAAGACAACGCUAUGAGCAGCGUGGAGGCGCGGCGACCGCGACGGCACCCCCGUCGGCACGCGCCCGACCACACGUAGCCGCCUCCUCCCCGCCCACCACAAACUUAGCACGCGACAUUGGUUUCUUGGUGAAAUUCGUAUUUUAGCUAGGACGAUAUUUUUUUUUCGAAACCUCUAGCAACCUUGUACAAUCAGGGGAAUUAUUUUUAAAUCACUCGUCUUCAACGUUCGAAAAUAAUAUCCAUUUCAAGUUGCACAUCGAAAGUUGCCAUUUGCAAGAUGAGACAGGUAGGCAGGAUUGUGAUUCCAAGAACUAUGUAGAUUCUAUUACAUAAAAGGGAAAUUUUUAACCUAAGUUUUAUAGAUGGCGUCAUUUUUCCACUGCGUAAAUCGAUACUUUUAUCGUGUUUCUAAAGUAUUUACUAAAGUAUAUUUUUAUCAGGUAGAACUGUUUCAUAGUUUAUUUUGAUUAAAAUAAAAAUUUAGUAAAUAAAAUAACUCAAGCAUUAGCCAAAUUUGAUAGCUUAGACCGAAGAUAGAGUGAGUAGGUACUUAGGUCAAAGCUUCACCAUGCCACAUCGUCACUGACCAUCAAGUAUAAUUAUUGUAACCACUUACCAUCAAGUAAUAUUUUGUAUAAUCAAACCCUAAAGUCAGGAAUACGAAAUUCGCCAAUGAAAGGGAAAAAAAUAUUUAAAAUUUUCAUGUUUUCAUGUAAAAUCAACUUAGCGACUGAAUUUUAGAGCACUAAUAAUAAUCCUUUUCAAAUCGAUGAGGAAUAAGUGAUAUUUUUCAUUCCAAGUAAU